AUGCACCAGGAGCGCAUUACGGCGGCGCCCAAGAGUUCAGUUACGUCGGUGCAGGCCAACUUCUUGCCCGAUCCGUUGUCGCGCCAGAUUUUGGAGCUCAGUACCCACCCAGCCGUCGAUUCGCUCGACUCCAAGUAG